AUGAGAAUAGUGACGAAAUUGUGGUAACCUAACAAUUUGGUAUUUUUACAUAGCCGGCACGUCGGUCACACAGCAUUGUAUUUAAUACUAUGAUUUUUCUCUGCUCAGAACUUAUUUAAAUUGUUAUUGCGAAUGCACUACAUUAGCAAUCAACUAUAAUUGGUGUGGAUAACAGACGGGCAAGCAUUUCAAUCGCACCAAAUAGCGUGCGAUAUUGAUUUACGUACAACCAUCGAGAAUUUGUCUACGCCUCUGCCCCUUGCAAUAGCCAGUUGAACGAUUUUUUCUGGUGAAAUUAAGUUAUAGUUUUCCGAUAAGGCAACGAGGAACGUAAAGCAUGGCGGAACGGGAGCGCAGCAUACAUGAAAUGCUCAAGGACACACCAUCCAUGAACGAUAGCUGCGGUGCCGUCCACACAGGCACAGAGGGUGGUAGUCUAGGAAUGGGAAUCGGAAUGGGAAUGGGGGUGAGCGGCAGUAAUAGCAGUCAUAGCAUUGGCACAGGAAACCCGUUAAGCAUGUCCACCAGUUUGCCUAUGCGAAACCAUUCAGCACCCACCACUCCAAUGUCUCCAAGUCCACACACAACCAAUGGCUUUCUAACCUCGGCAGACGGCAGCAGUAGCCUGAUAAGAACAAGCGCCUCGAAGAUUGACAGCCUCAAGAACUGGAGCAUAUCAACGUACAAAUGCACACGGCAAAUAAUGCUUGAGAAGUUGGGUAAAUCGCAGCGUACCGUCGACUCAGAACUGGAGGCACAAAUCGAACAGUUGCGUGAAACACAACGGAAAUAUUUAUCUAUUUUACGUUUGACGCGUGCGUUUAGCUCACACUUUCAACACGUUGUCGCCUCGCAGCAAUCGCUAGCCGAUGCCUUCGCUGAUCUGGCGCAGAAAAACCCCGAGCUGCAGAAGGAGUUCAUCUGCAACUCGGAAACGCAACGAAAUUUAACCAAAAAUGGCGAACUGCUAUUAAAUGCAUUAAACUUUUUCAUUUCAUCGGUGAAUACGUUGUGCAAUAAGACCAUAGACGAUACUCUGCUAACUAUUCGACAAUACGAGACGGCUAGAAUUGAAUUCGAUGCCUAUCGCAUGGACUUGGAGAACAGCAAGCCUGAAUUAACGCAGGCCGCGUCUUCGCUGGAGGAAGCGCAACGCAGCUUUGCACAUCACAAAGAUCAAUACGAAAAGCUGCGAGGUGAUGUUGCCGUUAAAAUGCAAUUUCUCGACGAGAAUCGCAUAAAAGUGAUGCACAAGCAGCUCAUAUUGCUGCACAAUGCAAUUGCCGCUUAUUUCUCGGGUAAUGCCAUGGCACUGGAGAGCACGUUAAAGCAGUUCAACAUAAAGCUUAAAUCACCGAAUAGCGUCACAGGCUCAUGGCUGGAACAAUAGGCUUCGCAAUUCAUCAAAGUCGAGCCAAAGUACU